CAUCCAUUCAUUGUUAGUUUUCUGAGAAGUCAGUUUUUGCCACAAUUGGUCACAAGUAAACGCUAUCUUAUAAACUCUGUAAAGUUAUUUAAAAUACGUCUAUUAAAUUAAUAAACAAACAACGGUCAUCUUGUCAAAAAUCUGUCUUGGAGUGACAGAUUACACUGUGGAACAAAUUCAGUGUUAUCAGAAGUGGUCAUGAACCUAAACGACCUCACAGUAAUGCAGCUUAAAAGUGUGCUGAAAAAGUUGGAGCAAAAGACGAGCGGAAACAAGGCGGAGCUAAUUAGCAGAUUACAGCAGCUGGACGAGGAGGUGGUAAGCCAAAAUAUUGAGGAAGUAAUGACGACGCUAGGAGCUGCCCCCAGCGAAGGUGCUGGUCAAGAGAGGAGCGAUGCAUCAACGAGUAACGAUUCGGAAGUCAGGAAGCAGUUGGAGGAACAGGUGAGUUGCCUGAGUGGCGCCGUAGAGCUAUUGACGGCACAGCUGCAGACUCUUCGUUCAUCGAUGACGAACGCUCUGGUGACCACGAUGGGCAUGCAAAGUAGUUUUAGACAGAGCAGUUUGUCGUUGCACAAUACUUUAUCGUAUAAGCAGUCAAAGAUACAGCAAGCAGACACGCAGUCGCUGUCAAGUAUAUUACUUGCCGCACCAUUGUAUGGACAGUUGAAUUCUAUGACGUUGCCGCAGGCGCCGCCAACGUUUCCAUUCUCUACAACGCCUUGGAUAAACAAUACAGCUUAUGGUUCACAGCUGAUUUCAACGCAAAUAUGUGCACCGUCGUCGACACAAACGCAAUGGCCAACGUUUCAAUUCUCUACAACGCCUUGGCUAAACAAUACACCUUAUGGUUCACAGCCGAUUCCAACGCAAAUAUGUGUGCCGUCGUCGACGCAAACGCAGUGGCCAACGUUCUCACCGACGCAAGCGAACGUUUCACUUUAUACGCAGCAGCAGACAACUCAAAUGAAUGUCACGUCAUCAUCACCGAGCAAUGUAGAACCCAUGCAGGGGAAAGUGUUCGGGUCGCAGCCGAAUGAUUUCACAACAAGCGUUCAUCCAGUGUCGUUGCAAGAGACAAUGUACGUGAGAGCAAGAUACACACCUGGUGAAGUAGCAGCAGUAUUGCCAGAGUUUUAUCCAUGGGACAGUGCAUACUCGUUAAUUCUGUUUAUAGAAAGAAUUGAGCAGCUGAGGAAUUUGUAUAAUUGGGAGGAUACCCUGCUCACUUUCGCUGUCCUCAGUAAACUUAAAGGUGUUUCUAAACAGUGGGCAGAUGCGCAGCCAGUGUUUAAAACAUUGAGUGAAUUUGUAGGUCAGUUUUUAACCGAUUUCCCUUACUUUAAAAAUUCAGCUGAUGUGCACAUUCGGUUGAUGAAUACUAAGAUGGUUAAAGGGGGGAGUGUUGUUGAAUUUUACUACAAAGUUAUUAGCGAUGGGGCGAAGAGAGUUCAUUGAAGAUUGUGCGAUAAUUUGGUAUGUAAUAAAUGGGUUGAAUGAUGAGGGAUUGCACAAAACGUUGAGCGCAAUGCAUUUCUCGAAAUGUGCUGAUUUGUUGCAGUCGUUGAUUAAUAUACACGCGAACAAUGCGAGUCAAUGUAAACAAAAUGAAUUUUUAAAGAAAGUUGGAAGGCCAAUGGCGCAAAAUAGCAAC